AUACGCCUGAGUGAGGCUUUGGCUAGGAUUCGAUUCUCUGAAUGGGUUGAAAAGCAGGAUGUGAUGGAGGCGUUCCGGCUUCUUGAAGUUGCGCUGCAGCAGUCCGCAACAGAUCAUUCUACUGGAACCAUUGACAUGGAUCUAAUCACAACUGGAGUUUCUGCAAGUGAGCGGAUGAGAAGAGAGAAUUUAGUAUCAACCACCCGCAACAUAAUAAUGGAGAAAAUGCAAAUAGGUGGAUCCUCAACCCGCCUGCUGGAGUUACUGGAAGAGUUGAAGAAGCAAAAUUCUGGUGCUGAAGUUCACCUCAAUGAUCUGCGGAAUGCUCUAGCCACUCUUGCAAGUGAAGGUUUCGUUGUUGUCCAUGGUGACAGUGUGAAAAGAAUAUGAUUAAACCUUAACCGGAGGAGCUAGAAUGUUACUGGCAGGCCAUGCACUUGGUGCUGGGAAGCGGUUUUGAUUAUAUGCCUAGAGUCUCUUGCAGCUCGUAAACUCGUUGUGCUGUUCGGAAUGGCCAGCAUCUUGCAUUCAUCAUAAAGUCGUUUUGUUCUGCUGACAUGGAGCUUCGACCUCCUAAUCUGUAUCGGGGCAUGUGAUAUUAGUUGGACAGUGAUGUCGCGCGUUAAAUGAAAAUCUUGAAAGAGAUUCUGAAAUGCUGCUGUGAUGAAGAGAGUCAUCCAUAUUGUAAAUUAUAUAAAUUCUUUGCUAGACACCGGGAAGGAUGCAAAUGCGAGAUCAAUGAAGAUGAAUUGACUAGAGCAGUAAUGCCUUGAUCCUUUGAAUUUGAGUUACUCCGUCGUGUCGUACGGGUGCUUAUUAUUCUUCACCAGUUCUUAUUUUCCUUUUUUUUUUUUGUUCUUUUUUUCCUGGAGAACGCUAUAGCUUAAAAAAUUUCAUGAAAGAAGUCCUGAAAUAUUAGCAAUCUCACCGGUGGCUUCCGCGAUUAUGUAAAUCAGAAAGGGGGUAAUUGUAAUUAAUCCCUUUUUAUGCCCAUAAUUGACAACGGACAGUUUCUUCGUGUUGUUUUA